AUGAAGACCUUCACUUCCGUCGCCCUUGUCGUUAUCCUGGCUGCUGUGACCGUCUCGGCACAGCUGUCGAUGCAGGAGCUCACCGACAUCAUCGAGGAUUAUCGCGUGCGCUUUGAAAGGUUGCACGAGAACAAGGACGCUUUCGUUCGCCUCGCUCGCGUGUUGAUUCGCGCCGAGCUGAAGGGAUUGAACGAGGCCACGCUGGAGAACUUGGGCGAGGCGCGCAAUGACAUCGACGACAUACUCACGGAAGCUCGCGAGGACAUCGCGGAAGCCAUCCUCGAACCGAACGCGAACGAGCAGUGUCUGCUUGGGCUCGUCGACACGGUCAUCGCUGAAGGCCGUCGUGCAGGCGAUGGUAUGAGCUCAUGUGCCGCCGACAAGAUCGCCAUCAAGGAGGGUCUUGGUGAUGAAUUCCGUGCACUGACCAACACGCUGCAGCGCAUUGCGACGGCCGCUGCGGAGUACCCGCUGUUUGGGUUCGCCAUCCACGACUCGUUCAACGAUCCGGAGGAGCACGCCGAGUGGCUAGAGGAGGCCUACGAAGCACAGGUUGACUUCUGGGAUAAUGUGGCGCAGCCGGAGGCACAGGAAGAUCUGGACAACCUGGAAAUCAAUCGCCCGCAGCUGGUGGCGGAAAAUCGUGCCUGUCUGAACGCGGUCAUUGCCAGCCUGAACACGGCCAUGCAGAACCUUCGCAUACAGAUCAACAUGUGCUAG